GAUGUUUAUAAAUUUUGUAUUUUUCUGUAAAAGCAAUCUUGAGAUUUUGAAACCCGUAUUUCAAAAAAUACAAAAUUUUGCUCGAUAAUGGAAAUAAAGCUUGGGGUGGAUACUUUGCUGAUGUGCCGCAUUUGUCUUCAAAGUAGUGAAGAAGGGGAGGAAAUGGCAUCUAUCUUCGAUCAAGAUGCGGACUCGGUGUGCCUUUACGAGAAAAUUGAAACCUGUGGAGGCAUAAAGAUCCUAACCGAGCCGGAGCUUCCGACCCGUAUCUGCAAAAAGUGCAAUGCUUUCCUCACUAUUGCUCAUAAAUUUCGUAUUAUAUGCAAAAAUUCUGACGAUUAUUUACGGGAAUUCUUCUUUAAAUCUUCUGAGCCCGACGAAGAGGAAGACAAUAACUCAGAGUAUGUAAUGGAAUAUAACUCGAAAGAAAUUAAUGCACAAGUAACAAAGCAAACCGAGCACAUGGCUAAUGAAACACAAAAUGCAACAGAUUAUGAAGGGUUGGCAAUUUACUCAGAAAUGUGGAUACAGGAUGAAGCGAAUGAAGAUGAUUUGAUCGUCGAGGAUCUUGGAGAAAGCUCACAGCAUUCUCAUAGCAUCCAGGAGCAGAAACCAAACCCCAGCCCAUCAAAGAAGACGCAUGGUAUCACAUCGAAUGGUGCUGCGGUUAAACGUACAAAAAAUGAAAGGAAACUCAACAAAGAAAAACAUGUACAUAUAUGCGACAUCUGCGGUAAUAUAUAUCCCCGUAAGUAUGCGCUGGAGUCACAUAUGAGACGUCAUCGCAACGAGCUUCCAUACGAGUGCGAAAUCUGUGGCCAAUCGUUUCACCUCAAUUACCAACUGACACGACAUAUACGUAAACAUACUGGAGUGCGGCCAUACGCGUGUCAGUAUUGCAAACGAACAUUUUCUGACCGUUCAACAAUGCGUAAGCAUGAGAGAAUACAUCGAAAUGAACGGCCGUACACUUGCGAUAUCUGUGGGAAAAGUUUUACCUAUUCAGGCGUUUUGAAGGUGCAUACGCUAACGCACACAGGCGAAAAACCUUUUACGUAUGUACAAAAUAUAUAUAAAGUAGGAAUCAAUCAUUUUAAAAGUAAUAAUGGCAGAACUAAUUAAGUAAUUUCAAACUCG